AAAGGAACAGCAGAUGCUCUUAACUCCCCCAAUAAUAAUUUUAAGAAUUGGAUAGUUGCUUACCCGCAGUACUCUCCACGGCCGUUUGCGGCACUCUUGAUAAUGAGCAAGUUACAGAAUUAUGACGCAUGUUUCUAAAGCUUUGAAUUGGUCGUGUAUGUGAACUAAAUGCUUUGUUUGCGAAAUUAAUAUGCCGGCAAGUUAUCCAUUUGUUUUAUUUUUACAAGUGUUAAGACAUGGCCGACUUCAAGCAUUUAAAGUCGCCAUUAGUGCGUUUUUCAAACGUUCGAGAACAGCCCACUACAGCUGCGCUUAGUCAGUGUUGGUUGUGACGCUCGAAGGGUAUGCCGGUCUGCUGAAAGAGAACGAAGGCGGUUUUAACAAGGAGAGUUUUCCUCUUGAGCAGGCAUUCGGUUUAGGCCAGAAAGCUGUGAGAAUAGAUCAGAAACCAGAAAUGCAUUCGGGAUGGUAUUAUUAAAUCGUCGCACUACUAAAACGAUUUCAGUAUGAAAACACAGGAUUUUAAAUACAUUGUAUAUUUUUAAUUUUUACCGCCUCUCGCGAAAAUCAUGUCUGCCUACUCGACGAAACGACCGCGGAAGAUGCCUCUUAAUGGUUGCCGCAGAAACAUUGGAUUAAAAAAUGAACGGCUAUAUCUGGAAGGUCAGGAAAUGUAUCAUGGCUUGCAAUUGUUCAACCUAAUGAGUAGAAAUACAAAGGAUAGAUUCCUUGUUUUUUCUCAAAAAUGCUGCCUUAUCAGUCUCCCAUUAAAUCUUUUCAAGUAACAGCUUCUGGAAAUGAAGUUGAUUCCCCUUCAAAGAUCAACAAGAUCCCCAUAUCUUUACACGGUUUGUUUGGUGAGACAAACAGUUUAGAUGAUUCUAUCAGCCUUCCAUUUGUUGUUCAAUCACCACCUUGUGGAAGUUCGAUUAAAAAAUCUCCUUCAAGUCCAAGCAAAUCCUCGAGCUCAAUUGUGACUGGCCACCAUCAACCUGUGCUGCUGUCAGAGUUAACUGAUGUUUCAUUACUUGAAGAACAAAUAAAAGGAAUUUAUCACAAAAACACCAUCUGUUCCUUUGUCUCUCCUUAUGAUAACCGCCGCUGUACAAACUCAGCUAAUGUAAAACGUGGCUUGGGUAAAAGUUACUGCAGCAAACAUUUGUAUCUUACAAGUCCAUCAUCAGAAUUUCGAGAUUUACAAACAAAGAAAACAGAUAAAUUUUCUUAUCACAGCAACAAAGUGACAACUCAAUCUUCAUGUGUUACCAAGCUAAGCUACCAAACAUUAGAUGACAAUGAAUCCCCUUCUAUUACUUUGAACAGCUUGAAUGACAUUCCCUAUUUUAACAGUUCAAUCAGCAGAGCUGGUAUUGAUUUAUCAGAUAGUGGUUACCAAACACAACAUGUUGACCCUAGAAAUGAGGGGAAAAUUGUUAAAAUAAAAAAUCAGCAAGCUGCAAUGAAUCAAACUUCUUCAACUGCCGGACUUUGUUCUUAUCAGAAUAAUUUUUCAAAUCCCACGAUAUCAGUGACACCAAAAGUCUUGUCAAGACCGAAGCAUCCAGCAAUGGCAAUGGAUGGUGAUGUGUUGCAGGCUGUGGUUGAUCUGCUCAAUCAAAAUCAUGACAAACUGACAUCAAAACAACAGAUUGAGUUACUUAACUCUCUUGGCGUGACAGUAGCAACAAUACAAAGCCCACUUCAUAAUUCAUCUGAUGCAACAUGCAGAACAACUUAUUGCAACCAAAACACAAAACCAUCCAAUUUAUCAAACCAAAGUUCAGCUGUUUGUCACAAACCCACAAAGAUGUUACCAGUUAACCACGUUCCAUCUUCUACAACUCGUCAAAACACAGCCAGUGUUUUAAAAACAUUAAAUUCAAAAGAGAAUGACACCCAAAGUUCUUUAGUUAAGGCUGAGACUGGUGUGAAACGUCCUACAAGUGAAAUAGUGGAAAAUGUACAAAGCAAAAAACGAAAGAAGAAUGAAACAUCGUCAACCAACUUCUUACGAGGCCUUUCUUCAGUAGAACUUGAUAAGCAAGUGUCAAAGGCACUUGCCUCAAUUCGUCACUCGGUGUCUACAAAAAAAAAGAGUGAGAGUAAGUUAAAGAAGGAAAGUGUGUCGCAAACCAAGUCGGUAAAACUGGCCAAAGUAAAACCCACACCCAUGCAAGCAGUAUUGCCUUCGGUGUCCAUUCCUAUGAACCCUAUGUUCACUUCUGACAAGUUUAAAGUUAGAUGUCCUCAGUUACAGGAGUACGUUGAUUUGCAAAAUGAAAAACAUUUGAGACAAAAAUCUCUUUUUCCGGACUUGUUCCAUGAGGAGAGAAAUAUCAGCUUCUGCACUUGCAAGAAAAGUUAUAAACGAGACAUCCAAAAAUUAAAGCAGAAAACGCAGAAAAGUCUGAUAAAACACAAGCAAUUGUGUAAAUGCAAAUGUGGUUCUGCAAAAAUGUCAAAGGUAAUUAGGAAAUUAAAAAGCUCGUUAAAAAGUGGCAAUUUUGAAGCCAGUGCUGACUUUUGGAUGCUGUCAACUCUCAACUUGUAUAAUGAAUCUGCCACUAACACUGAUGAAAUAAAUGAAAAACAUUCUAAACACAUUAGGUUUUAUUGUGAAAAACUGGACACUGCAACAAAACAUUGGCAGAAACUCUUAAAAGAAGAGAAAAAAUCGAUUCAACUUUUGACUCAGUCAAUGCAAUCCGAUGUAAACGAAACCGCCAGCGUUUUGAGAAAGCUUGGAACAAAACCAGUUUCUUGUUCUCGAAGAAGGGGGAUUUGUUCCAAGAAACCUGACACAUGCGCUCUAAGUGAUAGAAAUGGUGACACUUGCCCCAAUACUGCCUUGCCACUCUCUCCGUAUUGCCACAAUCAUAUUUGGCACUCCGAACAUCAACUGUUAUAUAAGUUAGAUCAAGGAAUGAAAGUGGUUGCGGAUAUCAAUCCAGACCCGGUUGUUAUUCGACCCAGAAAGAAAACUAAGCUUCCUCCUUUAAGUAAAAGGAAAAAGCGAAGAAACAAACGCGGCAAAGCCAAAAACGGAGCUUUUAAUAAUAAGGUAAAAGAAGAAAUGGAAUUGGUUAACAUUGAUGAUAACAACACUGGUGACGGGUAUCAUGCAGAGAAACUUAAAAUGAAUCUUGCCAAUGUAAAGUAUAAUGUUAGUUCGAAGUCAACUGCACACUGUUCAAAAUAUAACCACCAUCAAGAUACUGUUGAUAAAAUCGAUGUUGACGGGUUAACCAACGAAGACAGUACAUCAGGUAUGUUUGACAGUCUCCUAGAUGAGUCACAGCUACUGGAUGAUGAAAUGUUCAAGGGAUUUGGACACAGCAGUGAGGUGCUUGACAACGCGCUCAUGCUUGCAAGUGCGGUGCAUUCGGAUAAUGCAGGGAAACUAAACAUUGACAGAUUGCCAUUCGAUGAUUUAAAUGAAAGCAACGUAUUUUUCUCAUCAAACCAUGAAGUUGAUGAUAUAUUAUCAACACGUGGUGACUUGGAUAACAUCUACAUGCAGAAUAAUCUUGAUUCACCUUCAGUUCAAACACAAGAGGAACCAGAAUUAUUAAAUUCUAUGUUUCUAACCCCAACCACCAGUGAAAUUUACUCAGAAAGUAAAUGGUCAACACCUCAGUUUACCAGCACUGCAGAUGUUGAUCUGGGUGAUGUUUCCUCUUCACUUGAUUCCUCCUUUGCUGAUGAUCUUCAUGAGUUAGAAGGAGUCAUCCGGAGUUUACAAGAUGAAACAGACAACCAUAUCCCCACCACACGUAGUAAUCGUAUGCACACCAUGAAUGCUGAUGAAUAUACAAGUAUACUUGCUAAGGAAAUCUCACAGGAAAUUGAGAACCAAUCAUUUGAUUACAAUACAUCUCAAUCAACCACAUCUAACAUGGAAAAUUGUACAGAAUCCUCAAAAUCUUUACCCUUUGAAACGAUAUGUUGCGCUGGAGACACCCGAUGUUCAUCACAUAAUGUUACCUCAUCCAAACCAACUUCAAUUAUGACAUCACAAUUAAUAGCAUUAGACAAUACAAAGUUUAAAUUAUCUGCUCAGCCAAUGAAAGUGCUACCACACACACAACAAUUAAAUACAAAGGCAAAACAGAAAAACACUAAACAGACAAUAAAACGAUCAAAAUUAAAAACAACAAGAAAACAAAACAUGGUAAAGCAAGAAACAAGCACUUCAUGUACAAAGCAAUCAAGUUCUGUUAAUUCUUCUGUUGCGGUAUUAACACAUGUGCAAAGUGCAGUAAAAUCGAAGAUAGAUAAACAACGUGCAAUUGGAAAGAAGAUCCGUUAUAACCAAGCAGUUCACAGUAACAUCAUUCCUGUGGCACAACCGGUGGUUGCAUUGACACCUACUGUUCGAGUACAGCCUCAUAUUAUGCCGAGUAAUGUUGUAUGUACCACGGGGAAACUGUCAAAUAACAAUCAAAGCAUGGUACUUAUACCAGUCAAUGCAUAUGUACGUCCUGGUAACAAUAUGAGCCAGAGCAUGGGUCUUGCAUUCGCGGUACCUGCACACAACUUGACAAGUAACGUUGGUACAGUUAUUCCAAUACGGAACUCAACUGUAAUGACCGGUGCUUGUCCACAGCAGUUGAUCAUACUCAACGGUUCACAAGCAGGAAUUGCCACGUGUGCAAAUAUGGCGCCAUCUAAACAAACCAUCAACACCACUGUAUAUCCACCUAAUGUCACAAACACCAUUAUCACUCAACAAUCAAGUGUUAAAAAACCCACUACCACGACCACUCAGUCAAAAUCUAUCUUACUCAAGAACAACCAGACAAGGAAUAUGAAUGUAAGUUCACCAGUAACAACCAGCAACAGGAAUUACCAGAUAAAUAACAAUCAACUACAAAGCAUCACGUUAACCAGUCCUACAAACAAUACCUUGGUGUUUAGUAGCAAUGAUUUGACGAUGACCAACGCCACAUCAACCAACCAAGUCACUUCCACAUCAGUAUCUACCUGUUCAUCCACCAUCAUGAUCAACACAUCCAACCAAUCAAGGAUACAAACAUUAGUUGAUGAACAUGACAAGUUGAAGCAGAUAGUGGAACAACUCAACCGUCCUAAUCUUACACCAACAAUAACAAGUACAGUUAAAAAUACCAACAGAGCUCGAAAUUCAUCAUUAGUUAUUCCUCCAGUACUUUCUGGAUCAUCGGGUACACUUAUGUUCUCACCAAGUAGCAAGCAUAAAGGACUGCCCAUUCUAAAGGAAGAUACAAUCCCAACAACAUCAUCGCCCACUAUAAGUGGUAAUCACUCUGCGCCAACAGGGUCAAAAAGUGGAACAGUUCACUGGAACCAGAGUUCUGCUGGACCAGAUGUCCCACCACCAAUUCCACAAAACUCUGUGUAUAGCGGAGUAGGUGGUCAAACGUCAAACAUGCUAUUUUGCAGACGAAUAAGUCCCAGUUUAAAUAAUACACAGCAUGUUGUGGUAGGCAGGCUUGGUUCAUUGGGUAGACUAGGCCUACCUCGCCUUACGGUAUCAGACAUUCACGAUAGAAACAUCCAUAUACCCUCACACAGGAGUCUUUCAGAGAACGCACGUAAUUCAAACCAAUCUGAGAAACCGACUGCCUACAUACAGUUAACUAAAGAUCCAUCACUUGCAACUUUGGAAAAAUCUGUAGAAUUGAACACCACAGACUCUGCUGUUACGAUGCAAGAUACAACAACUGUAGCAACUACACUCCCAGAAAACUCUGUUACUGACCAUAAACCACUGAUAAGACAUAACACAAGAAAAUGUGAGCACACCGUCACACUUGUGGAUCCAAAUUUGAUUUCUCCACCUAAGCAACCUGUUAUGGUUGCAUCUAAUUCAAGCAUCACAAAUUUAUAGUUGCAUUCCUCUUCUCACUGACAAACAGCAAUGAAGUUUCUAAUGUUUGUGUUUUGCUGCUCUCAUUUUUUUGUUGUCUUUAAAUUAUUUUAUACAUAAAAGUAUAUCUUUGAUUAUAUGUAUUGUAUUUCAACAUUAAGUUACAACAGAUCACGAUUUUUAUCUGGCGCUAUGUUUUGUGGGUAUCAGUUUGACAGAGUAAUGUGCUCUUGUUGUAAAGCUCCUGACUAUUGAUUUUUUCUAUUUACUUAUGGUUUGUAGCCUAUAACAUUUGUUAAAUUUUGCCAAUCUUGUUAAGAUAUUCGUUUGUUAGCUUUUACGAAGUGUUACAAAUAAGGAUGGGGAUUAGAAUUGGGAAUGUUUCGUUAGUGCAGUAGCAAUCAUGUUGUGUCAAAAUGUGUAAUUUCUGUUUAUCGUUGCUGAGUAGUUUCAAUACACAAGUACAAGCACUUAUCUUUUCAUUAAAAGUUAUUUUUGUUAUAAGAACAUGGUAGUUGUAAACUCUUCGGAAUUGAAUUUUCGUAUUACAAAGCAAAGACAAAGAAUA